AUGUCAACCGGCUCUCACAGCGGCAAUACAUCGAACACAUUCGUGGCAUUCUUCGAGGGCUGGCUGGUCCGGCAAGAACACUUCCUCGACGAGCUCCUAUCGGCCCAGCGGACGGUCGACGAGGCCCGAGAUGAAGACCUCCAAGAUUUGAUAUCUCGGGUUCUCCUCCAUUACCAGCAGUACUACGACGAGAAAUCGCGACUUGCCCAGCGGGAUGUUUUCCUGGUUUUCUCCCCGACGUGGUUUAGUUCCUACGAAAGGACCCUCCUUUGGAUCGCCGGGUACAAACCGGGUCUUGUAUUCCGGAUAGUGACGGAGUCGGUGCCCGAUUUCAGCGACCGGCAGCGGAUCAAUAUAGCCCGGCUGAGGGUGGAGACCCGGAUCGAGGAGCGCGCGCUCAACGACAAGCUUGCCAAUAUUCACGAGAGCGUCGCGGCGCCGCCGUUCGUGGACGUGCUGCGGCGGUACGGGAGGGCCAGGGACGGGGAGAUCGUGGAGGACAUCGCGGUGAUCGAGUCGCUAAAGCCGGCAUUGGAGUCCGUGCUGGUGAAUGCCAACUUGCUGAGGACGACGAUGGUGACGAAGCUGGUGGAGAUACUGAGCUCGAGGCAGGCGGUGAGGUUUUUGACGGCGGUGGCGCAGUUUCAGCUGAAGAUUAGGAGUUUGGGGUUGGAGAGGGACGCCGAGAAGCGGAGGGAAUUGAGCGGAAGGAGCGGCGGCGGUGGGAGUCCAAUUGGUAGUACUAGUAGGUGGUAG